ACACACACACGCACACACACACGCACACACAGAGGAGAACAGAUGAUUAGUAACAUUUAUUUCGCUCCCAGUAGUUUUCUGGGCUUACGUCAGAUCGAGGUACUCCAAGUGCUAUCGAUCCAGUAUUGUUAAGUAUUGCAGAGUGGAGAGGGGGAGGUCAGACCGAAAGGGAAAGCGUCUGAACCCUAGUAAAAGGCAUUUCGAUUGCUGAUAUUCAGCUGACUUACAAGACUCCUUUCUACAUUUCCGUCGUGUCAUUGGCGGUAAACAGUGGUUCCACCUCGGUACUUUGCAUCAGAGGUUGCCCUGUCGCCGCUGCCGUCCCUUCUGAAUGACUUCGCGGGACUUACUGCCUGAGGUUUGAAGACAUGGAUUCUAGCUACUAAGCAUUCAAUCCCACAGUACCACUAUAAGCCAAGGAAGCAUUUCGCAGGAGCUCCCAAUUAAUUCAAUCUGGACUGAGGAUUCCUGACGAGUCAAAAUGGUUCACGUAUACAACUGCCAUCCUUUUGCGUCGCAACAAAUCGUACAGGUGGAACAGGAACCAGGACUUUUGUGCUCCGGUGGAGGAGUUAUAUUUGUUGUGGCCACAGGAGGAUGCAAGGUGGAGGCCUACAGUCUGGACCAGGAAGGUUGUCCCCUCCUGUGUCGCUUUGCCACCAUGGGAACCCCCAGGAUUAUCCAGUACAGCGCUAUAGGAGACUACUUGGUGACGAUAGAGGACAAGAACAACGCAACUUACCUCAGAGCGUACACCAACUGGCGCUACCAGGCAGAGGAGAAGUCCCGCGUAGGGGUGCGCAUGCUGGGCCACCUGCUACGCGGAGCAUCCCAGCGGUCCGUAGCUCAGAUGGAGAUUAUCGAGAUCCCAUUGUCGGAGCGGCCCGUCGCCGUGGCAUGUUGCCCGGUAACGGGGGAUCUACUGGUGGCCUGCGAGAAAACCCUGGUUUUGUUCACCUUGAGGCGGGAGAGCAAACAUAACUUGAACCAGUUGAACCCUCAGAGUUCCUUCCAGAACACACAGCCGAGCCACAGUAAGAAAGCGGUUCCAAAUUCUCCUUCGAACCCAAAUGUUUCUGUCCUGGAUUUUGAGCGCUCUGUCAUCCUCCACAUUCCAGGACUUGGACCUCAACAGGUGGCGCUGUGUGCAGGAUACAUAGCUGUACACGCAGAGCUGGAGGUGCUUGUGGUUAAACUCCACUCCAGCCUGGACCCCAAGACGGCAGAAGAACUGGCAGACAUGAAUACAUGUGUGGAUCAAGGGGAGGAUCCCGGGGAUUUCCUGGUCCUGCAACGCCAUCAGGAGUUACUGGGAGAGCGGGCAAGAGACUGUGGUGUGUCCGUGACCAUAGAGAAGACGGGUAUGGAGGAAACGGGACAAUACACACUCUCCUUUGUUCUAUACAGGCGGUUUGCACCUGACUUCUUCCAGGGCUGCAGUGUGGAGGAGACCAAACUGCACUCCCUACAGCUCCACCCAAUGUUCACCAGAAACAAGUCGAUGCAGUCCCCGGAAGAGCCGUCCUGUGUGUUCUGCUUCUUCUCGCUGCCCACCACCGGCUACCUCUACAGCCUGAGGGGCGGAGUGGAGCUGCUGUCAGCCUAUCAGUACCCAGAGAAGGUCCUGCGGGCGGUGCUCACAGACGACCUGCUGCAUGUCAUCACAAAGAGUGCUCUGCAGUGCUUCUCUGUGCGCUGUGCAGCAGUAGCAGCUCGAGUGGAAGACCCUUACAUCGACACCACCAUGAGGGCCUGCCCCCCGGUCAGCCUGAAGGUGUGCGCCCUUCGGAUGCAGCUCUUCAUCGGCCUGCGCACAAUGUGUGCACUGGGCCGCCACGUCAUGCUGCUCUCCGCUGCCGACGCCGAGCCGCCCGAGGAGGCCGACCGCGCCACACACACGCGCAGCUUCAUGGAGCACUCAAUGCUGACCGAUAUUUUCCUGGCGCUGGGGAUUGAUCCCACGACCACGCCAGCUCUGGAGAGUCUACUGUCCCGGCCCUUUCUGAGCAAGAAGUGGGCCGGUUCCCGUCCUAAAGCGCCCAGCGUGACCGGGCAUGGAUGGAAUCUUUACGUGGUCAACACAGUCUCCCCUAUCACACUCUACCAUGAGAUGGUGGAAUACAGCUGUCGUUAUGCAGAAACCCACCCAAUGGGCGAGAGCUGUCGCCACCUCCUCAGUGAGGCACACCUUAUCCUCCGUGCCUCAUUGAUCAAGCCCCUGCCAACUGCCAAGGGAGAGCCCAGGGAGCUGCCAGAGAUGCCCACAGACGGAGAGAAGGCCCAGAGGCCCACCACGGAUGCAUUCACAGACAGCAAGGCAGAGAGACAAGUGAUGGAAACAGCUUUCAGAGAAAACUGUGCCCAGCUUGGAGACUGUUUCAGCAGGGGCAACCAAAAGGACUGUCAUCUAGCACUCCCAUACUAUAGGAUGUCUGGCUUGUCAAUCACAGAAGUCAUGUCCAGGAACCGCCCCCUGCCCAUUAGUCCAUGCACCUACGGUCCCGGCUUCGUCUUUUACCUGAACCAUUUCCUAUUGGAGGAAACUGACCAGAUCUUAAGCCAGGAGGCCGCUGAUGAGAUCAUCGACAUCUUCAGCCAAACAGAACCCUCUCAGCUGGUGACCGUGUGCGCCAGUCCUGCCAUGGCAGACGUCAGCCCUGCCAAGGUGUUGAGGCGGCUGCAGCACCUGGAGCAGGCCACAGGGAUCUCUGUUCCCCUGACGGUUACCAUGGCCACCAUGUCCCUGCGCCUGGAUGACCUGCGGCGCUACACAGAGCUGAUGGAAAAACAUGCCGAGAUGCUGUUAGUGUAUGGAUUUAUUGAAGAGCCAAGGCUGUUGUUGCAUGGUGGGAGUGGAGGCCGGGAUACCCAGGUGCGGCCCACCCAGUUGGCCAACCAGCUCCGAAAGGACCAACCCGGACUGCUGACAGCCGCCAUGGUCGCCCUGCACGAGAACAACAAGGUCCAACUUGAGCAGGCUGACCAAGUCUUCAAGGAGCUGGGCUGUGAACACAGCCUGCUGGUAGACUUCUGGGAGGCAGUGCUUGUGGCCUCAACCCAGGAAGCCAUCAUCCAGGAGCUCCUCUUCCGAUUGGCUGUUGUCUACAUUGACCGUCUCACCAGUGGCAUGGCUGCCCCAAGCAAGUUACUGAAGAGCACAGAGGACCUGAUCAACUCCUGCUCCCAUUAUGGUACGCUGUACCCCUGGCUCCGGAUUCUGACUCCAGCUAGCAAUACCGGCUCCCAACAGCAGGAGGCACUGCAGAAACUCCAGUCCCUCCUAUGCGGUCCCUCCAUGCCCAUCGGAGCUGUUCAGCCUCUUUUAGAGCAGCUGUCCCUUGGGGCCACCCUGUGGGGUCUCAGCCUGCACGUGCUCUGCGCCACCAGGAGGGGGCAGCAUGGGAACUGCAUAGAGAAACUGCUGGACCACUGUCCUCAGGCCAUCAUCCCCUACGCCAACCACCACCUACAGGAGACAUACAUGGCAUUGUGGUGGCAGAAGCUCCUCCCUGAGCUGUGUAAUAGGACCAGAGCUGAGACGGAGAACGGCAUCCUAUUGGCUGCCCUUAAAGAAACGCUUUUAGUUGUGGCUAAUGAGAUUAGUCCAGUUGAGUUCCUGGAGCUGAUGCCUGACGAUGGAACAGCACUGUACUUUUUGCCCCACCUUUUGGCAUGCAGUCAAAGACAGCUACUUGCCUAACAGAGGCACACUCACGCACACACAUGCUACUGUGACUUUCCAUGAAGUUACUCGGUUACUUGACAGGAAUACAAGAGCAUGUUCCAGUAAUGAUUAACUGCAUUCCAUCACACACGGAACACAACCAUUUAUAUUCCUUCCAGGUAGCUGGACCGAUUUAUUUUGUUUUGAAGUUUGCUUUUUUCUGUGAUCAUAUCACAACCCAAGGAUCACGUCAUCCAUCAGAUAAUGAAGGAUGUAUUAUAACUGCUGCAAUGUGAAUUGACUAAAUCAUGUUAUAUGUUCUCAUAUUUAGUUUAUUUUCAAUGCUCUUGAAAGAGCAUGAUUUUUAAUUGUUUUAUUUGUGAAUUGGUAAAUUUAUGCAAUAUUUUCUUUACAAUGUUGCUGAUGUGCUAUGAUUACUAGAGUGGACAAUUAACGUGUUUAUACCUGAAUGCAAAUGUGACUAUAUAUAUUGAUUGUUUUAUUCAUAUUUCUUCUGAGAAUUAAAACAAUUUAUAAUGCAA